AGGCAAUCGCCAUUUUGUCAGAAGGUCUUUUCAAAUGUUGUCCCUUCCCGCCGGAAUAAUGCAAUCACUGGAUAUACUAUUGACAUUUGUGUUGAAAACGAUGCGUCGAAUGGAUCGGAUUAGGACAAGUAAAAGGCAAAUGAUUUAGCAUAGUUUAAAUAUAUCUAGUGGGAGCCGCACUUAUAGUUGUCAGCGUCUCUGGUCUACCGGACCGGUUCACUGCGCAGGUUUGGGACGCGCGCCAUUUUGUGAAAAUUGACAUAAAACAUUUUGUCCAAAAAUAAGCGUGUAUCUUAGGGCAUGAUAUUGGUUUCAUAUUUUUGGGUCUUCAUUAUUUUUCGUUAUGGUUUCCUACGUCCAUGUUUCCGGUGGUGAGCUUGAAAGAAAACGGAACAAUUUUAAUGUAGCUACCUUUUAUUUUGUAGUUGAAUUCCUAGCUACAGAAUAUUGUUAGCUAACCUUCGCUAGUUAAUAGUAGCCACGUUCGUUUAGUCAACUAGCUGGCGCUAGUCGUCAGCUGGUGUUAGUCGAAGUUGGGUGGAUAACUAAUUGUGUUGGUUGGGGACGCAUUUGAUCGUCAAGAAGUUUUACUUGGAUGGCCAUUUUUUUAAACUUGGUUUGCCAGUGGAGAAGACUUUUCACCUUCGCGUUUCGUGAAUUAGGUUGACUGUGACUGACUUAACUUAGCCGACGACAGUGGGGGCGGAGAAGCUCAAGCUGGAUAAGUUGCCCUAUCAUACAGGUUAAUUGACUUUAAAUGAAGAUCGUGCCAUCAGAGUGGGUUGUGGUUUGCUGCUGGACUCUCCUUCCAGGAUGAUAUGAAAUUUUACAGGAGACGAUGCAUCCAGGAGGAGAGACUUCAGCAUGCAAACCUUCGUCCGUCCGGCUGGCGCCCUCUUUUUCUUUCCACGCUGCUGGUCUUCAGAUGGCUGCUCCAAUGCCCCAUACGCACCAGCAGUACAGUGACCGCCACCAGCCGAGCACUGACCAAACUGCUGCGGUCCUACCGUACAGCGACCAAACGCAACAGCUCACUGCCAACCCGAGGCACAUGCCCCAGUGCUUUCGUGACCCUACUUUGGCUCCCCUGCGGAAGCUCUCUAUAGACCUUAUCAAAACCUAUAAACAGAUCAAUGAGGUGUAUUAUGCAAAAAAGAAGCGGCGGCACCAAACGGGUCAGGGUGAAGACUCCAGUCACAAGAAAGAGAGGAAGGUCUUCAAUGAUGGCUACGACGAUGACAACUACGAUUACAUUGUCAAGAAUGGGGAGAAGUGGAUGGACCGCUAUGAGAUUGACUCCUUGAUAGGCAAAGGGUCAUUUGGACAGGUUGUAAAAGCUUAUGACCGUGUAGAGCAGGAGUGGGUUGCAAUCAAGAUCAUCAAGAACAAGAAAGCUUUUCUCAAUCAAGCCCAGAUUGAAGUGCGCCUCCUAGAGCUCAUGAACAAACAUGACACCGAGAUGAAAUACUACAUAGUUCACCUGAAACGUCACUUCAUGUUCCGGAACCACCUCUGCCUGGUGUUUGAGAUGCUCUCGUACAACCUGUACGACCUGCUGCGAAACACCAACUUCCGCGGUGUCUCUCUCAACCUGACCAGGAAGUUUGCUCAGCAGCUUUGCACUGCGCUGUUGUUCCUGGCCACGCCUGAGCUCAGCAUCAUCCACUGUGACCUGAAGCCAGAGAACAUCCUGCUGUGCAACCCCAAGAGGAGUGCCAUCAAGAUAGUGGACUUUGGCAGCUCCUGCCAACUGGGACAGAGGAUAUACCAGUACAUUCAGAGUCGUUUUUACCGCUCCCCAGAGGUGCUGCUGGGCAUGCCCUAUGACCUGGCCAUCGACAUGUGGUCCCUUGGCUGCAUCCUGGUGGAGAUGCACACUGGAGAGCCCCUCUUCAGUGGAGCCAACGAGGUGGACCAGAUGAAUAAGAUAGUUGAAGUUCUUGGUAUCCCCCCCAAUCACAUUAUGGACCUAGCCCCAAAAGCCAGGAAGUUCUUUGAGAAGCUAUCGGAUGGCACAUGGAGCGUUAAGAAGACCAAAGAUGGCAAAAGGUAUAAGCCUCCAGCCUCUCGGAAGCUCCACUCCAUCCUGGGUGUAGAGGCCGGUGGUCCAGGUGGCCGGCGGGCGGGGGAGUCUGGCCAUGCUGUUGCUGACUAUUUGAAGUUCAAGGACCUGAUCCUUCGGAUGUUGGACUAUGACCCGAAGAGCCGCAUCCAGCCCUACUACGCCCUUCAGCACAGCUUCUUCAAGAAGACUGCAGACGAGGGGACCAACACGAGCAGCAGCGUGUCUACCAGCCCAGCGCUGGAGCAGUCCCAGUCCUCUGGAACCACCUCCAGCACCUCUUCCAGCUCAGGAGGGUCGUCUGGGACAAGUACCAGUGGUAGAGCGAGGUCAGACCCCACCCAUCACCACCUACACAGUGGAGGGCACUUUGGGGCAGUGAUGCCAGCCAUCGACAGUGACACCCUCUGUCCACAGGCAAGAAAGCCUUAUCCUCCCCCAUUGGUGUGGGGAGGUGGGGUCGGACCAGAGCCGGUGGCCGGAGAGACCCACCCAGUCCAGGAGACCACCUUCCACGUCCCCCCUCAGCACCCCAAGGCCCUGCACCCCCAUCAUCACCACGGGCAGGUGAUGGCCACACGGCCCCGCCCGCGGCACUACACCUCCCCCACACACAGCUCCUCCACACAGGACUCCAUGGAGGUGGUGCAUGGCCAUCUGUCCAUGACCUCCCUGUCUUCCUCUGCCUCCUCUUCCUCCACAUCUUCCUCUUCCACUGGGAAUCACGGUAACCAGGCCUACCAGCUCCGCCACCUGCCUUUUGGGCAUCAUGGUGGGCUGAGCAUGGGGAUGGGCGCCUUCUCGAACCCCAGGCAGGAGACAGGCAUGGCUGCCCACCCAGCUUACCCCAUGGGCACAAACACGGGGCCGUCUCACUACCUACCAGAGGGCCACCUGGGCAUGAGGCAGGGCAUGGACCGGGAGGAGUCUCCCAUGACUGGAGUGUGUGUGCAGCAGAGUUCUAUGGCCAGCUCGUGACUGCACUGACAUUUGGCUGUGUGUUCCCCCUGUGCGUCAUUUUUAAGGUGGUGUUUUUUACAACAGGUGUGUCGAACAAAAGCUGCUCGCGUCAGAAGGGAGAUAUCGCUGAACCGCUACUACAGAGAAGAACCUUUGUUAAAAGAAUGUGAUAUCCGUCAUUUUUCUUUUUGCAAUCAUUAGGCACAUGAUAAUGUUGCAGAAUAAGCAUAGUAAAAUUGAGACGUUCAUCUGCCAUUUCACAAAAUUCAUGUAACAAAUAACCACCAUCUGGUAUUACGUGGCAAAAUCUUCUGGUGAGCAUUUGGGGAUAAAGUUAGAAGCAGUUUUACAGGUAGCUGUCUAAUGAAAUGCUAACACAUCCUCUUAUUUCAAACUGGAAUUUCUGACAUUUUUCUUCCACAGGUUGUUGAUUGUUUUACCCUUUUUUAAAGUGAAUUUUCACAGAAGAGCUGCUUUUAAAACCUUUAGCUUGACCAGGAGGAAGGUGUUUGCGGUGAUAUUUCGUGUUGUCUGUCGGUAUUGUGUAACUCUGUGAGAGGGGAGCACAUAGCAGUGGAGUUCCUAUAGUGUGCGCUGGCCCAGACAGUGGAGGGGAUACCCUGCAGGUGAAAGAUGUCAGGGGGGGAGUGCUGCCCACCUGGGGGCCUGAUGAGCUGGCCUGGCACAGACGAGAGAGCAGAUGGGCUCUGGAGAAGAAAAGGGUCCGGCCCAGCGUGAGGAAGACUGGUUCAGUCAGUGGCUGGUUCUCAGAUAACCUUUUGGCCUUACGACUCAUGGACUUGGAAUGGGUCGGAGCUGGAUAUCAAUUCAAUUAAGAUGGCUUUCCUCUAUUUUUAUCUGUAGACAGCCCUUAAUUGUUUAAGGAGAAUAAAAAUGAUAGAAAAGGGUCAUUUAAGAAUGAAGAUUUGAGGCCUUUCUCUGCAAAGAUUUCUCAUCUAUGGGGCCCCACAUUACAGGGUCUUCUUGUACACACCAAUCUCCUAAACAUUACUUCCUUCAAAUCUUGUUCACAGAUUAAGGAUUUUGUGGUAUAAAAAAAAAUAUAUAAACAUCCAGAGUCCACCCCCCCCCCCCCCCCCCCCCCUUUUUUUUCUUCUCCUUCCCGUUUGCAUGUAGUUCCUCAUCUGAACACCUGCACAAAUGUCUCCAUCUUAAACACGGAAACUGAAGAGAGAAAAAUUAGUUAAGUGACUGCCUUUCUUUCUCCUCAAAUUAUGCUGUGAAUUUUACAAGAAUUUAUUUUCCCUUUGGAUAUAUAUUUUUUUUUUAUACCAAAGCAGUUUUAUAGCAUAUUAGGUGUCUGUAACCAAUUAAUGUAGCAGUUCACCAAUUUUGACUCAGUUUAUCAAGAUCUUAUUUUAACGUCAGUACAAAACCGCUGCAAUAUAUUGCUUUAGCAAAACUGGAAACCGUUAAGGUCAACAACUGUUAACUACCGUAUAUUCUAAGCAGAUUUGGUUGCAAUGUUUUUCCAAACCUGUUUCCAUAUUAAUUGGUAGAUUAUUUUUGGGAGUCUCUUUUUAACCUUGGUAUGUUUUGAGACAUUGGUAGUUACUCUGCAGGCUCCAGAGUAGCAGAAUUAAAAGCUGAUGGUUCAAUGUAGACCACUGCAUUCUCUUUCUGCAUUUCUCCCACUUAUACUAUUUUAAAGGGUUUUGCUGCCUUUCAUACAUAAUUUGGGAACAUGCUAGCUACUGCCAUAAAACUUAAGACUAUUGUAGUCUCAUUACCCUGGCAGUGUACAGACAAUUGCAGUAAAUCUGAUUUUCUAAGUGAUUUGGAAGUAUACCUCCUUGUGAGCUUGGUCCAAUUCAAAUUGGAAGGGUACCAGUCAGCCCUCUUGCUAAUGUCCUGAGCAUGUGUGCUCAACUUUGGCAGACAUGCAUGUCCCUAGAACUCUACUGUUAGUAAAGGCAUUUUUCGUUCAUUUUAUUUUAUAUCAGGGAUUUUGAAGUUUUUUUUUUUUUACUCUGGAAAGUAACUAGACCAAAGUCCUGCUCAUAACAGCCUUCUUAGUUACACGCAGACACUUCUAUUGUCAUCAUAGUUCAGUGGAGAGACCAUCACAAGGAAAAAUCAUGUUUGGUAUAACCACAAGCUCAAAUGUAAAAGCUACCUGUAAUGAUAUUUAAAUUUUAUCUGAAUGUUUUAGGUUAUAAUCACAAUCAUUUUUCAUACCCCUCCAUGAUUUUUGAGACUCAGAAACUGCCAGUGGUUUUGCUGACACUCAUACUGGUACUAAACAUUCCAAAAUAAAGAUUUAAAAAACCUCUAAGUGUGAGCCUGUUUCAGAUCAUGCUGAUUGACCUCUGAUCUAGAGCAGUUGUCAUGAAAUGCAGCCCCUUUUUAAUAGUGGAAAUAGAAUUUAUGUAUAUAUUUAUAUUUUUUUAAUAAAGGAAGUAUAGAACUCACUACCUUGCUCCUGCUGGUAUGUUGAUUAUGUUUGUCAAUUUGGUGACCGUUCAGUGGGCAAGAUCUCAGUUUUAGUCAGUGGUGUAACGUGGCCUCUGGGCAGAGGUACUUGACUACAUCAGGACAACACUAUGAGGUAGGGUUUGAAUCAAACAGGGAAAGCUAGAUCUUCAAACCUUAAUUUUCACAGGGUAUAUUGUAAGUGCAUGUACAUCCACAAACUUUACUUUUUGGUUGUAUGAAAAGCACAUGGUUGGGGGAAAAAGUGGUUCCAUUUUCAAUAAGGUUGUUAUGUUUGUGGGUUUCACACAUAUGUUUGAGUACUUGUUGACAUAUCCUCACCCUACAGAAGCCCAAGUCCUCUGAUUUUUAAUUUGAAUAUAUUUUCCUUCAAUUUUUGAUUUCACAUUUUAUAACAUUUUUUGUACAUGCACUAUAAAACUGAACAGCAUGGAGAAAAGGAUAAGUCCAUGUAUCCACAGAUUGUAAGAUCUAGUCAAGACUUUGCUGUGUAUAUGACAAUGCCCUUUGUAUUAUAUUAAGACAGUCUUAUGUAUGAUAUAUAAAAAGAAGUUAAUUGAA